AUGGCUCACAAUAAUAACAAAUCCAAAGCCUCUGAGAAGGCUGAUGAAAUCGAAAACACACUUCGAGAAGGUGCCUCCGACGCUGCCAAAGCAGUUGACAAGAAAUUAGACAAUGCCAACGAAGAUUUUGACAGAGCAGCCCAACGAGCAGAGGAAGAAGUCAACAAGCUCAAGGCUGAAUUAGCUGAUCUCAAGAGAAGAGCUGGGCCAAAGAUUCAAGAAGCAGAAAACUUGCUCACCUCUCCUGCCGCUGUCAAUUUUUACAAGGGAUUGGUCACUGGUGUCGCUAUCGUCUUGGCUUACAAGAAAUACGUUUCCAAUUCUCCAAGAUAUUGA